AAAUUUUCUAUUGAUACAGAGAAACAGUUUUUGAUUUGAGUUUUUUAAUUAGUUGUUAACACCAAUUCUCCAAUAAUUUUCUAUUGAUACAAUGCCAGAUAAAUAUAAAUAGAGAUAAUAAUCCACUUGUUUUUAUGCUGUAUUUUUUUCAACCAUCAUAAAAUAAUCACACAGAAUAGUAAUAUUUUCAACCAUAAUAAUCACUCCUAAACUCAGUUCAUCAAACAAGAAGCUAUAUAACUAUCAAAUUCAACGUAUUUUUUAUACUAAGGUCAAAAUGUGUCAACCUCAAUACGAAUCUAUUCCAUUUGGUAGCAUCAGAUACUUGACAUUCUGGGAAUGUUGCAAUGAACAUCAAGAAGUUUUAGUCACCGAAGAGUCUAUUGAAGAUACAUAUUUCGAUAUUAUUUGUACCCAAUGCAAUCAUAGAUUCUGCCAGUAUUGUGAAAUAAAUGAAAUUGUCAAACAAACAAACAAUGGUAUUGAUCUGUAUGAAUUUUUGGCUAUGUCAGAACAGUAAUUAUAAUUUGCAGAUAAUAUUAAACAGAAAAAAGUUGUUAGUUUUCUAUAUUAUACUGUAUUUUAUUAUGAUUUGAUUCAUUUCAUUAAAAUUUAUUGUUUUUGUUUUUGUUUUUGUUUUCAAUUUGUAUUUACCAACAAGACUACUACAACAUUAAAAUCUUUAAAAGAUUAAAAUGUGAAAAAGAAAUAAUGAAUCCAAUGGUGAAAAGGAUACUAGAAGUAAAUUGUGUUAUAAUAUAAUUACAGUAUUUUUUUUGUUGUUUUAUAAGCUUUUAAUUAUCGUUUCAUCAGAUUUUUUAUUUCAAAAGAAAUCGAUUCAUGCUAAUAAGUCAAAUAAAUGUUUAUUAUAAUGUUUUUAUUUUAAAAAACCCUAUAUUAUUUUUACCUGAUGAAGAAGGCUCUCGUUUGUGAUGUUUUUU